AGAGCCUCAUUCGCUUUGCUUUCUUGGGAAGCCGGUCGUGAGAGUGAGCGUCGAACACCCGGCGCGGGCGCCGAGAACCUCGGGGGCUUUGUGUGAAAACGAUUCAAAAGCGCUUACUGUCACAAACGUGGCGUAAUAGGGUCGACUAGCCUCUGUUGCUAACGCAGCUUUCUUCCCAGUUAACUUAGCAAGUACGAAGGGUUAGCUUGUAGCAACACGCCGCUGGCUCCAAAAGAAGACGGCGAAAAUGAAUGAUUCCCAUCAUAGUGCACUUGAGAACAUGGUCAAAAGUUUCCGGGUCUCCGACCUGCAGACGCUGCUGGCCUCCAUGGGCCGCAGCAAGAGCGGCUUGAAGCAUGACCUGGUGGGCCGGGCGUUGAGGCUGGUCCAGACGGAAUACAGCCCUGAGUUGCUCAAGAACGUGCGACAGCUCUACGAGUCACGCUUCCCCAGAACGUCCACCUGGCUGGCUGCACGGCGUCCGGAGGGCAUCCCGGUUUCCUACUCGUCCCUCAGCUCAGCCCCGUCAGCCACCUCUCAGGGUGUUGAAUACCUCAAUGGCAUCUCUAAACCGAUGGCCACCCCCGUGCCGGAGGUCAAACUGGUGCCGCUGCCCUUCUAUCAGACUUUGGAAACACUGCUGCCACCAACGGAGCUCAUUGCCCAGAAUAACGAGAAACUGCAAGACAGUCAGUGCAUAUUUGAGUUAACACCAAGUCAAGCAGACCAAAUCAGAAACGCAAGUGAAAUUCGCCCAGGAAUUAGAUCGAUCCAGGUGGUGCUUAGAAUAUGCUACACAGAUUCCAUUGGGGUUCAAGAGGACCAGUAUCCUCCCAACAUCGCUGUCAAAGUCAACCAAUCUUACUGUCAUGUCCCGGGCUACUACCCCUCUAACAAGCCUGGCGUGGAACCUCGACGUCCUUGUCGCCCUGUAAACAUCACUCCUUGGUUACAUCUCUCAAGCGUCACCAACAGAGUCACCGUCACAUGGGGAAACUUUGGCAAGCGGUACUCUGUGGCAGUGUAUUUAGUGAGGAUGUUCACUGCAUCGGACCUCUUCAACCAGCUCAAACUCUGCUCCGUUGAGAGUGCGGAGCGCUGUCGUGAGCGCAUUCAAGAUAAGCUACGUUUUGACCCAGAAAGUGAGAUUGCCACUACAGGCCUCAGGGUUUCUCUCAUUUGUCCACUGGUGAAGAUGCGCAUCGGUGUGCCGUGUCGAGUUCUAACCUGCGCCCAUCUUCAGUGUUUCGACGCAGUCUUCUUCCUGCAGAUGAACGAGAAGAAGCCCACGUGGACCUGUCCCGUGUGUGACAAGCCGGCGCCCUUUGAGCUGCUCACUAUUGACGGGUUGUUGUCUGAGAUCCUAAAAGAAACGAGCGAGGAAAUCGAGGAAAUUGAGUACCUGACGGACGGCUCCUGGCAACCUAUCAGCGAUGACAAGGAGAAGGAAAAAGAAAGAGAACGCAGCGACACGCCAGAAUACUCGAUGGUCGAUAUGUGUGUUCCUGAGACAAACGGUCACUCGCCGGCCCACAGCAGCACCAGCCUGUCGGGCAAAUCUGGUGGGGGCACGGCGGUGGCGGCGGCGGCGGCGGCAGCUGUCGUCGGAGGAGGGCCCUCCGCGCCGCCUGGAGGCGUGGUGGUGGAUCUGACUCUUGACUCGUCCUCUGAGGAGGAAGGGGGCGGGGCCGGCGGCGACAGCGAGGACACUGAGGACAGCGCGGACAGCCCCACCCCCAAGAGGGGGCGAUACAACUACGACAAGGACUUGGUCACCGCGUACUGACCCCCGCACCUUCUCAUCAAUCCCCCUCACCCCGCCUUGUGGACUAGACAAAGGGGGGCUCAAAGCACGGCGCAGUAAUACACUAGACAGUGACCUUCCAUCAUUAAAACAGUCUUUUAGCAGCAAAACAGUCUUUUAGCAGCUCCACACACACACACACACACACACACACACCUACAGCCUAGUCUCAUUAGGAUUCCCGUUUGUACUCGACUCAACCACUGGAAGCCAACCAGUUUUGGCUAACCAUCAUCCUGCAGCAAAUACUUGUACUAUACUGUCCUCAUUGAGAGAAAUUCAAUUGAUUCCUCGCAAACCUUCAUCAACACCUACAAUUCCUUCACUUGACAGACUUCUUCGUCUUUAUAUCUGACCAGGAACAAGAGGCUCUUAACGCCGCUGUGCGUCUGAUUUUUGGCACAUUUGUGAUGAAGUAGGGACUGUUUAAGCAAAGUCAAAGUUGGUGGGGUGGGGGGGGGAAGGAAAAACAAAUGGCAAAAGAAUAAUCUGAACGUGAUGCAAACCUCUCCCGCUGCAUUUCUUGUUUUGUCAGGAUUUGAUCUGUUUUAAUUAUCUAAAAGUAUAGAACAAUGGCCUGGAUCUGAUGCUUUCCAUAUCCUUAGUUAUGAGUUUGCCCUUUUUAGAUUUAAAAAACAAAACAAACAAAAACAAAAAACUACCUCAGUCAUUACACACUCAGCAGACUGAUCAGAAGGAGCAUAGGACAGACUUCCUGACGCCCAUUUUACACUGGAGACUUUAUGUAUUUUUAAAUUUCAUUAUUUCUAUGCAGUUCAUCUUGAAUGGGAUCAGUGCUAUCGUCUGGCUUCUACUUUAAGAUCCCCUCCCAGGAAAUGGGUGAAGUACGACGGCCUAUGUUGUACAGUUAGCAGAUGAGAAGCCACUCCGGUCUUUGUUGCCCUUGAUGUGGAAGUCUCUCUAAAUUAUUCACAAAUGCUGUUAUCCUCUCUCCCCUCGCUGCAUUUGUCCGAUUGCAUCAUUCAGUUAUUGAAUCUUGUGUGCGGUUUGAUCAUUGACAUCCUGCUUCAUCGGGACUUUGUUUUGCGGUGGGUUUAAAAUUACUAAUCCAACGUGUCAGUAAAUACAUGCAACGUCCCGUCUACCCACGAUCCUCCAGUGUAGUUUAGGUUACGCCUCCCAUUUGCUGGGAUGGGACUUUUUAAUUUGGGACCCAUCGCUUUGUUGCUGAAGCCGUUUGCACGCAUUUUGUUUAUGACUAUAAAGCCAUUGUGUAAUGAUUAUCCAUCCACACUCUUGCCACAGUACAAGGACCAGGAAAUAGUGAAUGUUGGUGUCUCUUGCUGCGCUUAAAACAGGAAUUUUUGUUGAUACCAUUGCGGCUUGGAUUUUGGUUGUCUGUUGAGUUAAAUCUGGUCUUCCGACUUGUUUUCUCACCAUUAAUUGUCUGUCUCUAGGUUAUUCUUUGAAGUCCCCCAGGUUCAGGUUUGCCUCUGUGGAACUGAGCCAGAUGUUUUUUGGGGUGAGGAUGGGUGUGAGGGGCAGAGCGUCUGGUUAUGGCUAUACAGUAUGUUGUGGCAUCUCUUAUGGUAAAUGCAUAAGGUAGCAUGGACAGAUGCUUACAAUCCAUGAUGUAAAUGUUUUUGUUUUGUUGUUUUUUUAUAUGUUCAUAUUAAAAAGACAAUAAAAGUGAAAUGAUAUUUUA